GGCCAACACAGAGACCGUGAGACACCCAGAGAGAGAGCGAGAGACCUCGGGAGUACAUGAAGCCGACUGACAACCUCAGGCUCCGCUCACCACAUAAAGUCGGUCUACGUUAGGUAACAAUGAGCACCUCAGAGUCACUGGAUCGAAUGGAACUCUGUGAAAGCCUCCUGACAUGGAUCCAGACCUUUGGAGUGGAGGCUCCAUGCAAGACAGUGGAAGACCUGACGAGUGGUAUCGUCAUGGCCCAAGCUCUGCAGAAAAUAGACAUAGUUUAUUUUAGUGAUGCUUGGAUAAGUAGAAUCAAGCCAGAGGUCGGGGACAACUGGAGGUUAAAGGUCAGCAAUCUGAAGAAAAUCUUAAAAGGAAUGCUAGACUAUAAUCAGGAGAUCCUGGGCCAGCACAUCAACGACUUCACACUACCAGAUGUGAACCUUAUCGGAGAACACUCCGACCACGCAGAACUCGGGAGGAUGCUACAACUUCUGCUGGGCUGUGCAGUCAACUGUGAACAGAAACAAGAAUACAUCCAGACCAUAAUGAUGAUGGAGGAGUCAGUGCAGCAUGUUGUCAUGACAGCCAUCCAAGAGCUGAUGAGUAAAGAGACUCCAGUGGCGGGAGGGAAUGACUCGUAUGUGGAUCUAGACCGACAGCUCAAGAAGACGGCAGAGGAGCUGAACGAUGCUUUGUCCACCAAGGAAGAGAUCGCUCAGAGGUGUCGGGAGCUGGACAUGCAGGUCGCAGCCCUUCAAGAGGAGAAAAGCAGUUUGCUCGCAGAAAACCAGGUCCUGAUGGAGAGACUUAACCAGUCUGACUCUAUAGAGGAUAUUAACAGCCCUGCUGGACGCAGACACCUCCAGCUGCAGACACAACUGGAGCAACUACAGGAGGAGACUUUCAGGUUGGAGGCAGCGAAAGAUGACUACCGGAUCCGUUGUGAAGAGCUUGAAAAAGAACUCUUGGAUGUGAAAUCACAAAAUGAAGAGCUUACGUCCUUGGCUGAUGAGGCCCAGUCUCUCAAGGAUGAAAUGGAUGUCCUCAGGCAUUCAUCAGACCGAGUGUCAAAGCUGGAGGCAACAGUGGAACACUACAAGAAGAAACUGGAGGACAUGGGCCUUCUCAGGAGACAGAACAAGCUGCUGGAAGAGAAGAACACAGUGUUCAUGCAGACUAAUGUUGGUUUGGAAGAAGAGUUACGAAAGGCGAAUGCUACCAAGGGCCAGCUGGAGACAUACAAGAGACAGGUGGUUGAACUUCAGAACCGACUGUCAGAGGAGUCUAAAAAGGCCGACAAGAUGGAGUUUGAGUACAAACGGGUCAAAGAGAAAGUGGACUCCUUACAAAAAGAAAAAGAUCGUAUGAGGACGGAGAGAGACUCUCUGAAGGAGACUAUUGAGGAGCUGCAUUGUGUGCAAGCCCAGGAGGGACAGCUUACAUCAGGUUUGUUCCCGUUGGCGAGUAACGACGGCUCUGAUUCUUUGGCUGCUGAGAUCACCACUCCAGAGAUUAGGGAGCAUUUGAUUCGUCUUCAACAUGAGAACAAGAUGCUGAAGCUGGCCCAGGAGGGAUCAGACAAUGAGAAGAUUGCACUGCUGCAGAGUCUAUUGGAGGACGCUAACAGGAGGAAAAAUGAACUGGAGACGGAGAACAGGUUAAUAAAUCAGCGCCUGAUGGAGGAGCAGAGUCAGGUAGAGGAGCUACAGAAGAGUCUCCAAGAAGAAGGUUCUAAAGCAGACGAUUCUUCCAUCCUGAAGAAGAAAUAUGAGGAGCACAUGGAGAAACUACGAGAGCUGAACAACGAGUUACUGAAAAAGAACUCCUUCAUCGAUGAGAUGGAGCCUAAAUAUACCGCCAGCUCCCAACGCGUGGAGGAGCUGGAAGAUGCAUUAAAGAAGAAAGAUGAUGACAUGAAGCAGAUGGAGGAGAGAUAUAAGAAAUACCUGGAAAAAGCCAAAAGUGUCAUUCGAACCCUAGACCCCAAACAGAACCAGGGUUCAGGUCCAGAAGUUCAGGCCCUGAAGAACCAGCUCCAGGAGAAGGAGAGGAUGCUACACUCUUUGGAGAAAGAGAUGGACAAGACAAAGGGCCAGAGAGAUUACGAGGAGAAACUGAUCGUGUCAGCCUGGUACAAUAUGGGUAUGUCUUUUCAGAAGAAGGCGGCUGAAGACAGACUUGCCAACACCGGUUCUGGUCAGUCCUUCUUGGCCCGGCAGAGACAAGCCACCAGCACACGCCGCUCCUAUCCAGGCCACGUCCAGCCAGCUACCGCCAGAUCCAUGAGGUAGAGAUGCCAGACAAGGCUGCCCAUAUCUGUCACCACUUUUUUCCCCUUGAUUAAGAUUUUUUUUUUUUUACCCUCACUCCUUGGAUAUCAGGCUCCUCCCCCUUUUGCACAACCCAGCCUAUUUAACAGGGUUUGACUUGUCACUCCAAACACCCUCUCUUUUUCCCCUCAACCACUGGCCAUCCUCAGUCUGUAUUCUGUGGCAACCUUUUUUUUUCCCCAGACAGGUCGUGUUGAAUAUAAGGCAGAGAAGAAUCACAUCUUCCUCACAAGUGUCUGCCAUUUUUUGUUAAAAGAAUCGCUCUGCCUGUCCAUGCAGUAUUUAUGCACAUCUCUACCUGUGACGACAUUUGAGGUUCACCUUGUUUUCGACUGUUUUAACUAUAAAGAUGUAGCUUUAAGCAGGUGACAUCAGUUUUUAUUUACGUGUCCAUGUUUGAACUGUUUGUUCAACAGGGACAAAAUGUUCUUUUGCCAUUUCAUGAUGUUUUCAUCUUUAAAGUUUGAUCAAAAUCGCAAAACAAAUAGAGGGAGGCAAAAGAAGAUGUAAAGUCAUUACAUAUUCUUGUUCCAUUUGCUUGCUAAUUUGUCUCCAUAGUAAAACAUGAUUUAGGGAAAACAACAGGUCACACUGAGCGACAGAGGUAUUUUUCCCAGAGAAAAAGUCAAAGUAACUUCUUCAGCCAAGCUUCAGGUGGUGCAAUUUAGUUGUUAGCUGAUUCAUAUCCGAAAGAGCCCCUGUUGAGCAAAGUGAGAAUGGCAUCCAUUCACAGGUUUUUACAUUUUACCAGCAUUACCAGGUUGUCUCAGACAACACCCUAUGUGCCAUACACUUCAAUUUAAAUAAGGUACCAAGAUAUUUAGUCGAUAAUAUCCUACCAACACUGCAAACGUCCCUUCUCACAUGACAGAGAGAAAAGUCUAGAAAGUUGCAGAGGCUUAAAUAUUCUGACUGUUGGGUUGAAAGGUAUUUCGUGUUGAUUGCCACUAAUGCCUACAGGGCGUUUAUUCGUUGUAGCUCAUUGCAGCAGACUUACUUUUUAUAUCAUUUUAGUAUCAGUAUCUAUCAAAGUAAGAAGGCUUUACCUGUUGUUACGACAAGAAGAGCCCAUUAUUGUCCACGUCUCUUUAGAUUGGAAGUUUAAAAAGGUAUGCUUGUUGCAGCUGUUCUGCCGUUUCUUCUGCUCGUUUUCCUUCUUCCAUUCUGUUAACUUUGUCGUUGUUUUAGAGGCACAGUGUGAAUGAUCUCUGACUAACGUGAUGCUCUUUUAAAAACGCUCCUUUAACCCUGGUCAUUUUGUUUGCCUGUGUUUGUACACGGCGGAAACUUUAGACUUUUUUUUUUAGGCCACACCGUCUGACCAUUAUCUCUCUCUCUCUCUCUCCUCCCUCAACAGCAAUGUCACUGCAUGACUGGCACACCACUGACCUGGCCUGUCUUUGACCCACGCUGGUCUAGGCAGAGGCUCAUGAUGCAUGAACUACCUGCCUGCCUACUGUUUGCAUGACUUUGCAUUGUCUUGAACCUGCAAAUAACCAGCACACCAGCAGGAGCAAUGAGCACUAACAACACUCUGCAGUGUCAUGCGUUGUAACCUUCAGACAAAGCCUGAGGAGGCACGGGGUGUGGGAAAAGAAAACCCUCAUUCCCUUUUAAAUUAAACUCCCUUUCACCUUUCCAGCUCCACACUCCUCCUCAUUGUCUCCUGCUCUUUCUUAUCCUUUCUCCUGCUCUUCUCUCCACACCAUCGCUCCCUCCCCCCUCGCUCCUCAUAGACAUACCUGCUUGUGCUUUCUGACAGCGUUAAGUCUGUUACGAUUCAAAGGUUUGUUACAACCAUCUAAGACAGCAGCAGUCUGUCAGUCCGGCAGUUGGGAAAAUGGGAUACCUCAUUGAUAUAUUUUCACAUAUCUGUUUUUAUUGACAUGGUUUGAGGAGGGUUGGCAUUUGUGAGUGAAAUGUUUGAGAGGUGUAAACCUGCAAUUCAGUCUGCAUAUCAAAAAAAAAAAAAAAAAAAAAAAAGUCGGCCCCAUUUUUAAGCUUGUAGGUUUUUAUCUUCACGGUUCUGCUCGGCCUCUCCUCAACAUGUUACAAGAUGGCAUGUUAGAAGUGGAUUUACCUCAAGUGUUAACAAGUUCAACAACGUUUAGUCUAAAGGAAGAGCUGAUGGGGCAUUACUGAGAUGCCCUGCUGGCUUAUGGACAGUCUGCAGUACAAGCAUAGGAUGUGCAAAAAAAAAAAAACAACAGUGUUUUUAAAUGAAUAAAAUGUGUUACAAAUACGCUUUUAUACAGGGUAGAACCUCCCAUUAAGCCCACUCUCAUGCUGUCUUUAGAAUGGAUUUAAUGUCAGGUAAGUUGGCUAAACUGUAGUCUUUUUUUUUUUUUUUUUUUUUUAAGUCUUACUAGUGGCUUUAAUCAACCAAAAGCCAGAAAAUUAUAAUCAUAACACUCGCUUUUAAAGUCAUAGCUGGGAGAAGGGGAAAAAAAAAGAAAUGAAGGAAACUGUACAUUAGCUUGUGUAAGCAAAUGUUCAGUAGAUUGUUUGGAAAGAAAGAGACACAAAUCACAAUCUCAUUAGAGCCUGAUUUUUAAUUAAUGUAAAGAAACAACAAAUCUUGUUGUUCAAAGUUAGCAUCAUUUUUAAGUGAGUUAUUUAAAGAUAUAAAGACAUUCUCUACUUGUAGUGCCUUUGUUUGGAAGGAAAAUCACAAGAAUGAAUGACACGCCUCUUGUUAUAAAGCAGCUUUAUUGUGUUCUUUAUAAAGAGGAAGAAAAACAGUUUAUGGUGAUCUUUAAACCACAUGACAGAAAUCUUCAUUCAGAGUGUAAUGUGUGGAUAGAGUGGGCUUCAUGGGGGCUUUUCUCCUCUCUUUUUUUUUUUUUUUUAAACCCAUUUUACUCAUAAUUGUUAUAUCGUGUAACCUUAUUAUAAUUCAUGCCGUGCAUUUUUAUCUGAAUGGCUUAUUUAUUCUGUUGCCGCGUGUACAGCAGUGUUGUUACAUUUUUUGUUGAUGAUACUAGUAUUAUUAUAACAUCACUUGUACUGUUACAAUGGAUGUGUAGUUACCUGAAUACAUCACAAUACUGUUAAAUACUUUGUCUUAUGCAACAGAGCGAGAGAGAGAGAGAGAAGAGGUUCAUCUCCACCUAAGAUAAAGACACAAACUUUGUGUUUUUUUUAGUUUUUUUUAACAGUGUCCGCUCAGAUGAGGUAACAUUUACCUCAGAGCUCUUCACCAAGUCUCCUAGAAAGUGAUCAUGCCAAUUAACGUGUCAUGUUUGACAUUUUAAGAUUUACUCAUUUAAGGAAAAAAAAAAAGCAAAUCUAACACUUUCAAUUGAUUUGUGAUAGCUGGGACCCUUCUAAUGAUCAAAUGUUACCAUUGUUUUAGUGACAGAAGUAAAGACUGGGGCCAUGCUGGAAAGAAAGUUGUUGGGUAUGCAAGUGUUACAUUAGAAAAAAAAAAUUGGAUUUCACAUGUGAGCAUCUAAAAUGUUCCAUAAGUGAGACGUGAAACCAGUGGUUUAAAAUUGUGCAAUAUAAUGCAAUGUAAAUUCAGCUGCGGAUUUGGAGGUGACACAGGUCCACCUGUCAUUUGCGAUCAGCAAUUUGAACUGUAUAGUACACAAAUCUCUUCAACCGUCCAUCCCCAUUAGUCAUUGGUUUGGUAGGAAAUGUGUAUGUAAUGGAACACAUCCACAUUUUGGUUGAGCUGUUGAAAUCUAUAUCAGGGAUGUUGUUGAAACAUUGUUUUUCUUAUUUAAUAAGUAUCCCCCUCCCCCAAGUCAGCCCCUGCAAUAUGUUGCCAAUAAGACGUGGAGAAGAUGACAUGAGCAUUACAGUUUGCUGUAUAGUAUUCUGUUAGCUCCAGCCCCAAAUCUUUCCAGAUUCAUUUUCAUAUUUGAGAACAAAAUACUUGACGAGUAUUUGUCACAGUUUGGGUGUUUUACUAACAUACCUUGGCUUGAAAGUAACACCCAGUGUUCCUGUUACUUGGCUGCUAAUUGCUUGGUGGGCCAGUUAAAGUGUAUUAAAAAGAGAUCAAUCAAACAACAAGCUGUCGACAGGUCAGAAUCCAUCACUACAUGUGCAGUGUUGUCUGUUUAACUUUAUUUUUUACUCAUAGGCAAACUUUUCUCUACAUAUUUGAAGUAGCAAAAUAACCUUCCAUUUGCCAAGUUUUAUAUCGCUUGUAUACAAACACAUUAUGUACAUACUUUAUGUGACAGUGGUAGAGGAGGUGUGUGGCCAUUAAGAAUGAGACAAUAAAACUUGUGUCUAGUUAGAUGGAUUUCAUAUAACGUCUGUCCAAUGAGAACCUAAUGAUGAAAAUGUGCUUCCUACACUGUAAAACUUGGAAAUGACAUUGUAAAUAAAGCUUGUAUAAAAGAG